AAUAGGAUACUUGGGUGUACAGACACUUUAGUCUAGUUCAGGACACCACAGUUUAAUAUAGUAGUUUCAGAAAUAUGUCCUCGAAAAGUCUACUUGAAGUUGAGACUGCGCCUUCCAGCAGCCGAGCCAGAUCCAAAGAUGUUGUACAGUACAACAUACAGGGCCAGGCUGAUAAUGAUGAUGAGGGAGGAUGUACAAGUGUAUUUGCUGGUCUUCUAACCUUCGCGUCAAUGAUAUUGAUCCUUCUCACAUUCCCCCUCUCAGUCUGGAUGUGUGUUAAGAUGGUUCAGGAAUAUGAGAGAGCAGUUAUAUUUCGACUUGGUAGAGUUAAAAAAGGUGGAGCUGUGGGCCCUGGACUUUUCUGGAUUAUUCCAUGUAUAGAUAGUAUUCAGGUUGUUGAUCUUAGAACAGUGUCCUUUGAUGUUCCUCCUCAGGAGAUUCUUUCUAAAGACAGUGUUACUGUAGCAGUUGAUGCUGUUGUUUAUUACAAGAUAUCCAACCCUAUGGCUUCAGUGUGUAAUGUGACCAAUGCUAGUCAGUCAACUCGUCUGCUGGCCUCGACAACACUCAGAACUAUUCUAGGAACUAAAACUUUACAGGAAAUUCUGGCGGAUAGAGAGCAUACUGCAGCUACUAUCUUGGAGCAGCUUGAUGCUGCUACUGAUCCAUGGGGAAUAAGGGUUGAAAGAGUUGAGGUUAAGGAUGUCAGGCUUCCUCAGCAACUACAAAGAGCAAUGGCAGCAGAAGCAGAAGCUACUAGAGAAGCUAGAGCUAAGAUUAUUGCAGCCGAGGGAGAACAGAACGCCUCCAGAGCUUUGAAAGAAGCUUCUCUCAUUCUUAGUGAAUCCCCUACAGCUCUACAGCUUAGAUACCUGCAAACCCUAAACAGUAUUGCUGCCGAGAAAAACUCGACAAUUAUCUUCCCCCUACCUAUGGAACUCAUGGGAAAAUAUAUGUACAAUCAGAACCAACAGAUGUAGAAGACGACUUACAUAUAAAAAUGAUAAGAAGACGACUUCUAAAUGAAAACGAUUAGUAGACGACGUCCAUAAUAAAAUGAUUAGAAGACGACUUUAUAUUAAAAAAUUCAGAAGACGAGAUUUGCUUUUCUAGAAGUCAAUCCUACAAUGUAGACUUAAUUUUUACUGACUCUUCAUAUGUUUGAGUAGUAAUGAUGAAGCUUUAGUCGGUUUACU